AUGAGUACUGCUACUUGCUACGACUCGGCGACAGCCGUCCCCGCCGGCGGUGAAGUGGUUACUGCAGUGGCAUCAGAAGAAGCAGCAGCAGCAGCAGUUCACCAGUCGAGGAAGAACCUGAGCCUGUACGCCAACCUACCUGCAGCUGAGAUCAUCGACUCGCUGCCCCUGGAGACGCGGUUCCCGGUGCCCCAUCGCCAGUAUGGGGGCUUCUGGAAAGCCGAGUUCUUGCUCAAGGGCAUGGCUGCCGCUGCAACUCGCAGCACGUGCUUCGAGCCAAACCCAUCUGACAUCUUCCUCUCCAGCUUGCCCAAGUCCGGCACCACCUGGCUCAAGGCCCUCGCGUUCGCGACGCUCAACCGCGGCACGCACCCACCGUCCAACGCCGACGGCCAGCACCCGCUUAGCCACCGCAACCCUCACGACUGUGUCAGCUUCCUCGAGCUCAUGAUGAUCCAGGGCGUCGACGCCACCGCCGCCGCCGGGGCAAGCGGAGAAGAAAGAGGUUCUCCACCUCCACGGUUGAUCGCGACGCACUUGCCCUGCUCAUGGCUUCCCCCUGCCAUCGUCACGGGCUCCGGGUGCCGGAUCGUGUACGUGUGCCGGGAACCCAAGGACGUGCUGGUCUCCUACUGGACCUUCAGCGUCAAGGCGGCAGCAAAGUUUGCUGCCGCUGCCGCCGCCGGUGGCGAUGGCGAUGGUGACGGCGGCGGCGGCCGGGAGUCUGCCGCAGCAUCAGCAGGAGGCCUGACGAGUUUUGAGGAGGCUUUCGAGCUCUUCUGCGAGGGGCGGUUCCCCGGAGGCCCCCACUGGCUGCACGCCCUGGAGUACUGGCGUGAGAGCCAGAGGCGGCCCGACGAGGUGCUGUUCCUCAGCUACGAGGACAUGCUGCGAGAUCCGGUAGGGAACCUCAAGAAGCUCGCCGCGUUCAUGGGGUGCCCGUUCUCGGCGGAGGAUGAGAAGGCCGGUGGGGUGGUGGAUCAGAUCGUGGAGCUCUGCAGCUUGGACAACCUCAGGAGCAUGGAGGUGAACAAGAACGGGAGUACGACAGUGCUCGGGGUCACGAAUGAUGCCUUCUUCAGGAAGGGCCAGGUCGGUGACUGGAGAAACUACAUGACGCCGGACAUGGCGGCGAGGCUGGAUAAGGCUGUUGAGGAGGCCACUCGAGGUUCUGGGCUCACCUUUGCCGACUCCAUCGAGGUGUAA